AUGACUACAAUGAUGGAAACACCAAUCACACUUCCUAAAGCACAAGUGCCAAUGGAUGGCGACGCUUUAGCAGAAAAGAAUAAAUACCUCGAGAAGGAGUUGGAAUAUAUUAAGAGUGAAUUGCAAUCCACUCGAAAAAUAUUGAAUGAACGUGACGAACUGUUACUACAUCUCCAAUGGGAUGAAGACGAUGCUCACAUCGACUACGAAGGACAGAAGAAAAAGUCACAAAAGAAAUCCAAAGACAAGGUGAUGACUGAGGAACGCCAGAAAAUCAAUAGAUUGCGCUCACAGAUGAAGCUGAUGGAGAACGCGCUUGACGAGCGUGAUCUCAACAUUCAGCGAUUGGAGCGCGAGAUGUCAGAGAAAGCAUUCAUGUUCCAACAGCAGAUCGAAGCCCUGAAGGCGCCACGUGAAGCACCACAACGCUCCAAGACAAGCUGGGGAUUCCGUUCUUCGCCAACAUCGAGCCCACUCAACUACAAGAAAGCCAACACCUCAUCACCCUCGAUGAUGUCGAUGAUGGAAAGUCCGAGCACCAGAAGCGGCGCCUCCGCAACUUCUUCACCAACCAACUCACCAAUGUCACCCAUGCCAAACUACAGUAUAUCUUCGCCAACUACAGCUUCUCCAGCAAUGGAUUCCUAUGACUUUAAAAAGAUGAAAAAGAAACAGAGUCUAUUCACCUUUAAAAAGAGUGCAAAGAAACAACACACUCCAAUUCAAGAAGUGGCUGGAAACUGGGCUACUCAAUCACAAUAA